UCGAGCUGAUGUUUGACUGCAUGCUGACUGCGCGAGCAUCUCUCGGUAUCUUCCGAUCCUCCUCAGGCCCGCACCUGGACACACCGUUUCCCGCCCACCGGAGAGGAAUACAGCCAGCCAACUGCAGGGAUGAGAGGAUGAAGGAAUGAAAGGAUGAGUAGUUCACACAGACAGAGUCAGAAAGCCGUGAAGCCGCACAUGAUUUGAUAGUAGAGAGGUGCGCAGCAGGCAAAAUACUUCCAACUGGGAUUUCAAAGGGAAAACAAAAAGGACAACCGUUAAAACCGUUAGACAUGAGAUUCAGCUMGCGAAUCUAGUCCCUAUCUGGACGUCGCGAUAGCAUAUUUGUUUUUUCUCUAAAUGCUCGCGUGCCGUUAGUGUCGCUCUUGACCGGCGCGCGCGCCUCCCAAUCUUUCCCACGCAAGUGAAUCUGAUGAGUCCCCGUAGCCGUGUGUUGUUUCGUCGCCGCACGCGUACGCGCCCGGACUUCUCGCGCUUAGCAGCAGCAGCAUGUCCUCGCGCAAGAUCUCGUCAGAGUCGUUCAGCUCGAUGGGCUCGGAGUGCCUGGAGAGCCCUGGAGAUGAUGGCGACUCCUGCCCAUUUUCACGCAUCUGGAACGGCAAGAGCCCCGUGGAGAAGCUCGCGUGCCCGUUCGAGGACGCACCGGGACCCAAACGGGCGACAAGACGGAAGCGCGUGAACCUGGACUCGCUCGGGGAGAGCUUGAGGAGGUUAACGUCGCCCACGACACAGAUGGUUCAACAGUCUUUACAGAGAACCUUAGAGUUCUACAGACAGAAAGAGAUCAGGUGCAGAGAGGAUGGGAAGGAGGAAAAGAAAAGUGUUACUUUGGAGAAGUGUCCUUUUGUGGAUCAUUGUGGUUCUGGAGAAGAGGCAGACAUCUCAGGAAUACUACAGUACAUGGCUACUCUACAGG